CUAUAUUGUGCCAUCGGCUCAGCUACUUAAAACAAAUAUUGCAAACAUUGCCUAGCAAAAAACAAACCUUUCUGUUAGAUUUCGAGAAUUACUCUCCGCCAUUUUGUUUCACUUUCAAAUUUAAGGCGCGCUCCUCCACCGUAACCAACCCUCCCUCCGUUACCCUUCCCAUCAUUCUGACGUACUCUGGGAAUUGUAGUGCGUCUAUCUAUUUCCUGUUAAGUGUCUGCGGAAAAAGCGAGUAAGCGUCAAGUUUCUUCAGCUCUCACGAAAGUUUCUGUGCUGUAUUUGAAGUAAGAGAUUGAAGAUUUAGGUGUUGUUUGUCUACGAGAAUGUCUCUGUAUGAGCCCAAAAGUGCCUCCCCUCCACCUGUGUCCGCAGUAGCCUGGACCUCCAAUAGCAGCACCUGUCCCAAGGACUUCACCCUGAUCAACCUGACCCUUGAUGGAGCAACGGCUAACUUUGUGCGAGGCUUUGCAAUGAAGUCUGGGUACUACCUCUGCUACAGCACGAAUGCUGCAGGGGGAAUGGUGGUGUCGGAUAUCCAGGUUAUCUCUGACAAAGAACCUAUUCCUCAUGGGUACUGCUUCAUACCAGAGUACCUGGAGCCCAAGGCCUCAGUGUGGAAGAAGAAGCGGGUAUGUGUGCGCCUCCUCCCCCUGGGCAGUGUGGACAUGGCUGUGCUGGACAUCAAACUGACAGCAAAGAACAAAGUGGUGCUGCAGCACUACACCUGUCUGGGGGAUAUACACGGGUAUGUUCUCUGGUGUAAGAAGGGUCACUUCUCCAGUCCCCUGCCUCAGGCCAAACCCCGCAGCUUUAGCCUGGAUUUACGCAAGCUCACCCUGGACCAACCAGCCCCCCCGCUGCCCCUCCGGCCCAGCAACGCCCCUCCGCCCCCUCCAGUGGGGAAGCUGAGCCGUCGCCGUAGUAACCUUGAGGUCAAAGACCCUGCUGAGAGUGUCUAUGACAGCAGCAACAUCUAUGGCAUUUCAGCCAUGGACGGGGUGCCUUUCUCCCUGCACCCCCGCUUCGAGGCCACAGCCGCCCGAGCGGUCCCGCUGAACAACCUCAGCAAUAUCCGCAUCAAAUCUGUGCAGGACAUUGAGAAUGAGUACAACUACACCUUUGCUGUGGAAGAAUCGGCUGCCAAUCAAACCCGAUCACGGAACUCGCUCGCCUCCCACAACUACUAGAAGGCUCAGAGUACCGCUCUCCCUCCCUCCUGCACAACCUUUACAAACCACCCUAUGACCCAUAUCCCUGUGCCUUUGGCACGACCAACACUACCAUUUCAAUAAUGCAAUGUACUGACUCCCACCCUACCAAAUCCCCUUACAUUUCGUAAAAGGACUUAUAUUUCAAUUAUCCGUUAGUGUGACAUUUAUUUAACGUUUUAAACCAAUUCUGGACCAAAGUCAGGGGCAAACGUCGGUCUUGUUUGUAUAUAGAUAUGUAAUGCCUUGCCUCACUAUGGUACAUUGCCUCUCAAGAAAUAAACUUGUAUACAUUCCUUUCUUAGAUUUCUUUUUGUAAAUGUGAAAAAAUAAAAGACUAAACCAUUUUAUCUUAA